AUGCUGGAUUGCCGUGAGCCACUUCUUCUCGUCCGCCCUAGAAUUGUUUUGUUAGAUGCAACAGGAAAGGUCACCAGGGCGAACAUCAAGCGGGGCGAAAGGCACUCACUGGUCAAAACGCAGCAACUUCCCCAGCACGGGCACCAGUUGUGCCCGCAGUUUGUUGUCCUUUUGCUCCAGGAACUGCAGCAAGAUCGUCUUGAGGUACAUGGCAUCGGCACCGGCCGCGGCGGGUGUGCCAUUGGACGACCGCACCGAUUCCAUCGAGUGCCGCGCGCCGUCCGCACCGGCCGCCACACUCGAGCUGCGCGCGCCGCCCGGGCCCGGCGACGGCGACGGCGACGGCGAGCUCGCGUGCAGGCGGCCCUGCUGGCCCUUGGCGUCGCGCAGGAGUUUCUCGUAGCGCUGGCGCUGCUCGUCGAGGACGCGGCGCUGGUCGCCGUUUUUUCUUUCGACGUCGCGCACCUGCUGCUCCGAGGCAUCCAGGGCGGUGCGGAGGCUCGCGACGGUGGCGCGCAUCUCCUCGACCUCGGCCGCGGCCUUGGCCUCCACCUGCUCGAGCUCCUCGCGCCGCCGCCGCCAGUCCUUUUCGCGCUGCUCGGCGUCGUCGCGCUCGUUGGUGAGGGCCUUGACCUGCCGCUCCAGAUCGCGCAUCGUGCUGCGCAGGUCCUCGGCCUCGCGCGCGCGGCGCCGCGCCAGCGUGUUGGCCUCGUCCUCGACGCGGUCGCGCUCCUCCAGCGCGGCGUCCAUGCGCGCGCGCAUGUCGCGCACCUUGCUGUCGGUCUGCUCGUUCACGCCGGCCAGCAGCUGCCGCAUGCUCUCGGCCGCGCGCGUGCGCUCCGCCAGCAGCGUCUGGCACUCGGCCAGCUCCUCGUCGCGCGCCUCCGCCUGCGCCUGCGCCUCGCGCAGCUGCACAGACAGCUCCGCCGUCUGGUCGCGCAUGCUGCCCAGCAGGUGCUGCGCGUUGGUGUACUGCGACGUCUUGAGCGCCGCUUCCUCGCGCAGCGCCUCCUGCUCGCGCCGCAGCUGGCCCACCUCGUCGUCCAGCGCCCGCAGCCGCGGCUGCACCGCCGCCAGCUCCUCCUGCAGCCGCUGCAGCGCGCGCGUCGCCUUCUCCUCCUUGGCGCUGAGCUCGAUCUUGUCCGCCUCGGCCCGCCGCAGGUCCCGCCCGGCCACGCGCUUCUCGUCCUCGAGGCGCAGCUUCGCGUUCGUCUCGGCCGCCAGCUUGUCGCGCAGCGCCUUGAGCUCGGCGUCGCGGUCCGCCGCCAGCCGCUGCGCCCGCGUCGUGUCGAGCUUGGCCUCCCGCUCCCGCUUUUCCAAGGAACGCAGCUCCGCCGUCUUGGCCGCCAGCUCCUCCUGGGUCGUCUUCAGCGUCGCGGCGUCGGCGCGCAAGCUCUUCAGCUCGGGCUGCGCCUUUUGCAAGAUCUCGCGCAGACUCGCAAGCUCCUUGUACCGCGUCUGCGACAGCUGCUGCGCGGCGCCCAGGUCGGCCUGCAGCGUCGUCGCCUUGGCUUUGGCGUCGUCCUCAGCAAUUUGCUUCACCAGCGCGGCCUUUUCGCUCUCGAGGCUCUUGAUCGUUUCCUUGUCCUGGACGUGGUCCUGGCCAAUGGUCACCAGGUUCUCCCGCAGGGUUUCAAUCUCCUCGCGCAGGUCCUCCUCCGUCUUCCGUUGUUUCGACAGCCGCUGAAUCUGUUCGUCCUUGGCCUCGACAUCCUUGCGCAGCCGCGCCACCUCCGCCUGCAGCUCGGCAGCGUCCGGGCCGUCGCUGGCGCCACCCACGAGCGCUCGUCGGCCGCAGCCAACGACGCGGCAGCAGUUGUCGCUGUCGUAGCAGCAGUAGCACCACCAGCAGCGCCGCCGGCAUUCUUCUUCUUCUUGUUCUUCUUCUUGUUUUUGCCAGAGCCGCCGCCGGUCUGCUGCUCUGUGCUCGGUUCCGGGGCAGCUGCAGCGGCCGCGGCUGCGGGCGUGGCAUUGGCAUUGGCAGGCGAAGGAGUGGCCGCGCUCCUCUUGCUCAGUUCCGCCACCUUGGCAGCCUGCUCGGCGUUUUCUUUUGUGAGGGACGCAAUUUCGGCGGUCCUGUCGGCAAUCGUCUUGUCCAGCGACGCAACUUGGCGCGCCAGCUCGCUGUUGCGCGUCUCCGAGGCCUCGCGCUUCUCCUUCUCCGCGCGCAGCUCUUUCUCCGAUGUGGAUUGGGCGUCCGUGGACUGGUCUUCCAGGGCCUUGAGCUUGGACUCUGUUUCUUGGAGGCGGUCGGUCAAGGCGGCAUUCGACGUGCUACCUGCCUUGGAUGCGUCCAGCUCCUUCGUCGUGCUCUGCACACGCUCCGCCAGCUCGGCGUUGGCUUCCUUGGCGGCCGACAGGUCCUCAUUCAGCUGCUGGACUUUGUCUUGCAGCUUCUCGAUCUCGGCCGUCUUCUCGGCCGUCUCGGCCUGCAGUCGUGGCAGCUCGCUGUCGAUGGAGAAAAACUCCUCGCCCCUGGUCGCAUCGGACCCCUUUGCGGCGUCCUUAGCAUCGGCCUGGGACGCCUUCACUGCGUCCAGCUCGUCUUUCGUCAAGCUGAGCUGCUUCUUCAAGUCGUCCCGGUCGGACGUCACGCGCUUCAGCUCGUCCAGGAUCAUCUCGCUCUUCAAGUUCAGCUGGUUGAGGUACUCGAUGAGGGCGGUCGGGUCGCGGAUGGACGUCAGGGGUGUGUUUUCGCGGAGCGCGCGUUCAAAGGGCUCAAUCGCCGACACGCGGCCAUGUGCUAUCCGGUACGACCGCAGGAGCUCUGGGUACGUCUUUUCAAGCUUGUCGAGCUUCCGCAGUCGCGCCUGGACGUCCGGAGCGAGCUCGGCUUUUGGUUCUUUUGGUCUGGACGCCACGGUCGCUGGUGCGCCUUUCGGUGUGUCGGUCGCAGAGGGCGGCGACGUGUCGCCUGGCAAGCCGGCUGUCGCAGCACUCGCAGUCUGGUCAUCUUCCUCGCUGCGCCUCUCUACCGACUUUCCCUUGUCCUUGCCGCCCGCCUUGCCUUCCGCCUCGCCCCCUUCCUUGGCCUCGUCUUCGUCGUCCGCUCCCUCGGCGGCGGGCGUUCCUGGCGUCGCUGAGCGCGCCGGCUCGUCGUUGUCAUCGAGGGCAAAGGCAUCUUCAAAGACACUUGGGUCCACGUUGGGCACACCGUCGUUUGUGGUGGUGUCUUGGCUUGGCUUCUUCGGGCGCGUGCGUCGUGCCGCUUGGCCGUCGCCGCGGGCGCCGCCGGUCCGGGAGACGGAUGUUGAUCGGCGGCUGGGCGAUGCUGAGCCUGGCGAUGCCACCCCCUCGGAGGCUCUCUGCUGGCGGGCCUGCUCCUCGGCAAUGGUCCGAUCGAUGGCGCCACGGAUUCUCUACCCAAGGGUCGAAGGCACCCAGUCAGCAAAGCAAAACAAAAAUACAAGCAACAGACGCAGUCCCCCAGGAUCGGGACAUCGUCAAGGCCCUACCUGA